AUGGGAUUAUCCAUAGUAGGCCACGUGGUUAUCAGUGAUCCAAAGGUAAAAUCAGUUAAAAUUGAUUGUCAACUGGAACUGUUGAAGAAGAAUAUGCAAAGGAUAAGGAGCUUAUUAUUUUCAUCAUUGAAUGGACACCAUCGAAUUUCUCAUCACCAGAGGUACACAUCAUUUUACAAUAGUAUUUGUUUUUUUCAGGGGGUUAAUUUUACAUCUGUUUUACAUUUUAUUCCUUCACGAUAUAAUGGUUUAAUUAUAUUAUUAAUACUUUGA